CUGUGACCAUCGCAGAGAGAGGGGCCGGGCCAGAUUUAGUUGGGACUAAGCUGUGAGGAGUUGGCACAAGCAGAAGAGCCAUCAGAUACGUAUGAAAUCAGCGCAGAAGCGUCGCAAUAUUGUACAGUAGCGUAACCUCGCAGGCAGCGUUGUGCAUCACUGCUUGGUACUGGAUCUUUUCUUGUUGCAGAGCACAGCAUCACAGGCAGCAAAUGUUUCCGGUCAGACAACACUGGCUUUGCAAAGCCUUAGGUUGUUAUGAUUGCUGUAUCCGGUGCAUUGGGGCAGUGCCCUACCCAUCCCUGGUGGCCACCUUGUUGUGCUACGCCGGCGUGGCCCUGUUUUGUGGCUGCGGGCAUGAGGCGCUGGCCCAGACGGAGGAACUCGUCGAGACUUACUUUGCCCGCGACCCUAAGGACUUUGAGGUCAUGGCAUCUUUUAUCAAAUACUUCCAGUUCGUGAUCUAUGGGCUGGCAUCAUUUUUCUUCCUCUAUGGUAUCCUGCUUCUGGCUGAGGGUUUCUACGCCACAAGUGCGGUCAAGCAAACCUUUGGGGAGUUCAGGAGCACCCAGUGUGGCCGCUGCCUCAGCCUGACGUUCAUUAUAGUCACAUACAUCUUGGCCUUCAUCUGGCUGGCGGUGUUUGCCUUCUCUGCUAUCCCCGUCUUCUUUCUGUUCAACAUGGAGCACACCUGCCACAACAUCAACAUCCUGGCUGAAACCACCCCCAGCAUUAAUCAGCAUAGCUGGAUCUGCAUGGAUGCUAGGCAGUAUGGUCUGCUUUCUUGGGAUGCAAUGCCGGGCAAGUCCUGUGGAAUGACCUUGGCGGCUAUUUGCAAAACCACCGAAUUCCAUACCACCUAUGACUUGUACAUAGCCACAUUUGCAGGGGCCGGAGUCACCCUUCUGGCGCUGAUUCUCUAUCUGGUUCCCACCACCUACAACUACGCAGUCUUGCGGUUCCUGGGCAGAAAAGGAAUCCGCUAAGUGCUUCACAUCUGGCUAUGAGAUACUCGUCCAACUCCAGGUUUUAGUCCUGCCUUCUUGAAACAGAAACUUUUCAAACCUGGAUCAUCUCCAGUCCUUUUUCUUUUCGGAUAACAGAUCAAUGUUUCUCUUUACUGUUACAUAUGAACAACAGACAAAGAGAGGAAGAUAAUUCACCCACUGUAAUGAGCCCCAACCUGUUUCACAAGUCAUCCUUUCAGAUGAUUCUCUUAGCUUUGUUGUUCAUUUUCUCUCUCUUUCUCUUUUCCUCUCUCUCUCUUUCUCUCUCUCUCUUAAUUCGCUCUGUGAGGCUUUUCUGGAGCUGAUUGUGAUGUAUGAUGUUUCAUGAAUAAUUAAGAGCAACGACAGCUUUGCUUUGCAAGUCAUAACUGUGUGCAUCCUGUACAGUGUUUACUGGUGCAGAUAUUGGUUUGUGAAUAUAAUUUUUGCUGCUGCCUUAUUAUCUCCAACUCGCCCCUGAGCAUCAUGAGUCUAAAGCAGGUGAAGCUGAAUGUACCAAAGUUUCUCUUGGAGCUUCUGUCUUCAGAAGAAAUCUGCUGUGCAUUUUAUUAGUUUUUUUCUUUUUGUUUCUCAUAAACGUGAGGAAUUGUCUUCAUGAUUACCUAAAAUUAGCAACAGAGAGGUCGAUAUUUAAAUAACGGCUCUGAAGCUGACCAGUGUUGUGUGUGCUUAUUUGUAAUUGAGGCUAAUUAAAUGAUUGAUUUGAUUGUAAUUUCAUUUUAAUCACAUCCUGUACAUGGCAUUAAAAUAAUUUAUGCUGA